AAAUACAGACGGAGACGCACACUCACAUAAUUCACAUUCGAUGCAGUAAUUAAAUUAAAGUCUAAAAAAUUGGGUCUGGUUUGUAUCUAUUCUAACAAAUUGAGGAGCAUUCCAGAAACCAGUCCGAUAAUAGAGUUGUAAUCAGCUGCAUCUUCUGCUUCCGUGAAGCUCUAGGUGAACCUAGGGUUUCGAUUACCAGGUCCAGUGGGUUAAAUCUUUUAUUCUUGCAGAGGAUGCCAUCUUAAUGGAGUUACAUAUGUACCUGUGAGAAGAAUGCCAGGCAGACCUUUGGAUCCUUAUAUCAAUUCAAGAGUUGAAGAUCAAAUGUGUCGCCAAGAUUCUCAACCGCAUUUGUCUCCAGAAGAAGCAGCUGCAGCAGAAGCAAGCCUCUCACUUUACUGCAAACCUGUAGAAUUGUACAACAUUCUUCAGCGCCGUGCUAUCGAUAAGCCAAGAUUUCUCCAACGAUGCUUGCGGUACAAAAUGCAAGCAAAAAACCGGAGGUUAAAAAUGGCAAUAUCCCUAACAGGAAGUACAGUCCUUGGGUCGCAACCUCAGAGUUUAUUCCCAGUCUAUGUAUUGUUGGCAAAACCACUUUUUGAUAUCCAGGAUACACAGUCCAAAACACAGAGUUCUGAUGUAUAUCACUACAGUCGGAUGGGUGUAUUGAGCAAUUACAUGGGAAGUGAGAACUUGAAUCAGUCUCAUGUAUAUUUUAUUCUUCCUGAAAUGGAAAAGCUCUCUGCUAUCAUUGAUGAUAAUGCAUUUUUUGUGCUGUUGAUCAGCUGUGGAAAUGUUAUCUCUGACAAUGAUUCUACCAUGAACAACAUAGAUAUGCCAUCUUUUCCAUGUACUGGAGGCAAUGCCCUGGUUGGUGAAAUUCCUUUACUUCGACUGUUCAAUUCAUGGAAAGAAUCUCUUAGAUCAAACGGAAGGGAAAGAGCUGUUAUGUUGACGACUGUUGACCUGAACCCUCGUGCUCUGAAGCUAGUGACAUUGGAAGGCAAAAAAUGUAUAUCUAUUCAGGAUCCAUCUGACUCUGGGGUUGUGAGUGUGCCCCUGCAAGUCCCUGUCAGUGGUUGCGCAGAGGAGAUCUGGACAAAAGACAGAAAUCCGUACAAUUCAUCGAACUAUGGCCAUUCAGAGUCUCAUCUUGCCCGGUUAAGAAAUGGAAACGUGAUAUUCAAUUACAAGUAUCACUUCAACAAACUGCAGAGAACUGAAGUGACUGAAGACUUCACCUGUGCCUUCUGCUUAGUGAAAGGUGCAAGCUAUGAGGGUCUGAAACAUCACUUGCUCGCAUCCCAUGAUCUAUUCAACUAUGAAUUUUUGGUAACAGAGGAAUGUCAAGCCGUUGAUGUUACUGUAGAUACUGAUUCUUUAUGCAAUUCUGAGAUGAAAAGCAGUGUUGAUCCUAAGCGAGAAACAUUCAUAUUGUGCUCGAAGUCAUUUAAACGCAGAAAAACAAAGAACCAUGGUCAAGGUGCAAGAAAUGUGACUGCACUGGUCUUAGAUUCUGGUGAGUUGCCUUCCACAAUCAAUGGACAUCGCGACACUGUUAAUGGUGCCCUCGAAUAUCUAGAACACAAUACAUCUAGCCUUAAUAAUGCGACAGGAUGCUCAAGUGCCACAGCUCAUUCAUAUGCAGAUCUUGAAUGUGCCCAAUCUGCUCCAGGAAGCAACCUUGCACUUUUUUCUGCACCACAAUCUGCAAAGUCUAGAAAGUUAUCAUCUGAGCGCUCUGACCCAAGAAAUCGAACUCUGCUGCAAAAGAAACAGUUCUUUCAUUCACACCGGGCUCAGCCUAUGGCAUUGGAGCAAGUUUUAUCAGACAGAGACAGUGAAGAUGAGGUUGAUGAUGAUGUUGCAGAUCUCGAGGACAGAAGGAUGCUAGAUGAUUUUGUCGAUGUUACCAAAGAUGAGAAACAUAUGAUGCAUCUCUGGAACUCGUUCAUAAGAAAGCAACGAGUACUGGCAGAUAGUCAUAUUCCAUGGGCAUGCCAAGCAUUUACAAAUUUGCAUGGAAAAGAUUUCAUACUGGCACCAGCUCUUCUUUGGUGCUGGAGAUUAUUUUUGAUCAAGUUGUGGAAUCAUGGGCUUCUAGAUGCAUGUACCAUAAACAAGUGUAAUGUCUUACUUGAGAAGUUUCAAUCCCAAGAGGUUGAUCCUUUGAGGAUCCAAGCAGGCGAUGGUCGAUUAUCUACAUAACAAACAUGUGUCUGCAUAAGACCCAAAUGUAGCCAGUCACCUGAGUUAUUUUGGUAUUUCUUUAAGUUGUCCCCGUAACUUUUAUGUAAAAAUGACAUUGGAGUUCACAUCGUUAACUUUUGAUACCCUGACAAUCGGUCGUGAUAGAUGCGUAUACAAAAGCACAUUUGCUACUUAUGGACAUCAGAUUAUGUUAUCUUCUGCUUUUCCAAA